AAAUCUGGGCGGGAAAGCGUAGUCGGCUCUCGACAAAACAAGUGAAACAGGAUCACACGUAUCUGCAAUUCCUGCGUAAUUAAAUUGAAAAGUCAAAUCAAAGAUAGCCCGUACAAACGUACGAUCAUCUUGUUAACCCAAAGCUCAUCUCACCUGCAUUGAUUAAAGAGAGAAACACUUAAAAUGACGUUUCCAAGUCUAACGAAGGGUGCUUUACUGGAAAUCUACAAGGGGAAUGAUGUCGAAAAGCCAAUUUGCCAAGUCCUGGGCAUCAAGAAACUAGGAAAUGGCGAUCGAUAUCGACUGCUGAUCUCCGAUGGCAUGUACAUCAGUCCAUUCACCAUGUUGGCAACUCAACUUAAUCAUAUCGUUGAUGAAGGAAUUCUUGCUGAAUAUUCAAUUAUUGAAAUUGUACGCUAUGUUCUCAGCCAGGCCAACAAUGGCGGAAAGCCGAGACGAGUUAUGAUACUUCUUGAAGUCACCCAGAAAGCAGCUGGAAGUGAUAUUGGUGGAAAGAUUGGGACUCCAGUUCCUGUAGAAAAACAUCUUACAUCUGAUGAUGGGGGGACUGAGCAGGCAGCGUCUACUAGUACCAAUGCUGCAGUGAAAAGACCAGCACCAGCUUCAUCUGCCCCGCCAGAGAAGAAACGUUUGAACGACACAAUAAAUGCUGGAUCUCAUAUUUCAACCACACCAAUAGCGGUAUUGAGUCCGUAUCAAAACAGAUGGGUCAUAAAGGCGAGAGUCAACAACAAAUCCGAUGUCAGGACUUGGAGCAAUGCUCGCGGAGAAGGAAAACUCUUCAGUAUAGAUCUCGGUGAUGAGAGUGGAGAGAUCAGAUGCACAGGUUUCAGAGAGGCUGUCGACAAGUACUUUGAUAUGAUUGAAAUUGGAAAAGUUUAUUACAUAUCUCGAUGUUCGCUGAAACCCGCUAAUAAAGCUUUCAACCAUCUCAAGAACGAGUACGAAAUGAGCAUGAAUAACGACACUGAAAUCAUCCUCUGUGACGACGGUGCAGAUGACAUUCCAGCGAUCCAUUUCAAUUUUGAACCCAUCAGUUCCAUAGAGCAUUGUCCGAAAGGUGCCAUCAUCGAUAUUGUUGGAGUCGCUAAACAGAUCAAUGAACCCCAAAACUUGGUCGCUCGCACCACUGGGAAGGAAUUACGCAAAAGGGAUAUUCGCCUUAUUGACCAAAGCAAUACUAUGGUCACCUUUACUGUUUGGGGUUCUCAUGUUUCUAAAUUCGAUGGACUGGAACAUCCAGUAGUUGCGAUCAAAGGUGCCAGGGUUGACGAGUUUAAUGGUGGAAAAAACUUAGGGACUAUUCCAGCAAGUCUCAUUCAGAUCGAUCCCGAUAUUAUCGAAGCCCACAGUCUUCGUGGGUGGUGGGCUGCUGGUGGUAAUGGCGAGGAGGCAAAACUUAUCUCAAAGGAUGGACCUAGUGGUAUGGCUGGAACUUGGCUGAAGAUCAAAGCUGCCCUGGCCAAAAGCAAAACACUCGAUACUUCUGGUGACGUGAUUUAUAUCUGCAAAGCAGCAGUUUCCUUCGUUCGUUCAGAAAACGCUAUUUACAAAGCUUGUCCGACAGACUCAUGCAACAAAAAGGUCAUUGAUUCUGACGGAUGCUUCAGAUGUGAGAAAUGUGACAGAGAUUUUCCAAAUUUCAAAUAUCGCUUCAUAGCACAGAUGAACAUCUCUGAUUCUUCAAGCAACAUCUGGGUUACAAUAUUCAAUAAUGAAGCUGAGAAAAUUUUUGGCACAACUUCUCAGGAGCUCGGAGAGCUGCAGGAGCAGAAUUACGAUGCUUAUGUAGCGAAAUGUAAUUCCAUCAUAUUCCAAAGUUUCUGCUUCAAGAUAAAGAUGAAGAUGGAGAACUAUAUGGAUGAUUUGAAGCUGAAGAACCUCGUCUUAUCUGUGGCUCCGGUUGAUUAUGAAGAAUACAACGCUCAACUAAUGGGGCAGAUAAAGGGAGCUUAUCACUUCACUCGUACUCCAUCAAGUUAAAUAAACAAAGUAUUUUUUUACUGUGUAAAAAGAGGAUCGAAUGGUUUCAUCUAUCAUAACGAUCUCUAUCAAUCAUUAAUAUUUCUGUCAUGUUGGUUUUUGAGUUUUUUUUUUUGUAUUUCGUGCUCUUGAAUGGAGAAAAAAAAAAUCAUUCAGUAAAGGUAUGGACCACGAAAAAUCAUUUUUUGUUAGCAAGUAGUUUUAGGGGAAAUGUUAGACUUUCUUUGGAAAAUUAGAUUAUCCGUUGAAAGAAGUCUUUGUCUGAGCAUUUUCUAUUCCGAUAAUUACUUUUAAUAUGCAUUUACUUUUUCUUUUCUUGUACUUUAAAAAAUAAAGAGAAAUUUAUUGCUAA